UUAUGGAAUUAUUUAAUGAUGCCAAAUCUAUUUGUGUUAUAACUGAUGAAGCCGUAAAUGAAGAAUCAAAUGAAUUAUUAAAUGAAGUAAAUGAAGAGUCAAAUAAAUCAUUAAAUGAAGUAAUAACCGAUAAUUAUCAAGAUAGCAUAAGUCACGAACUUAUAUUUGACAUGAACUCUUCGGAUAAAGAAUCAGAUGAUUCUUCACUUAAAUAA